GGGGCGGGGGGCCGUUUGGAGUUUUGGCGCGCGGCGGCGAGCGCGUGGCCGGCGCGUCGAUGUUGUUCUCCUGUGACAGAGGACGUUUUACCUCAAGGGGCUCUUGAAGAGAUCCUGGUGAAAUCAUGGAAGCUGACAAUGACUUGGACCUGCUGGCCUCCCUCCUGGAAGAAAGUGAGGAAGCUGAGGAGGGGAAUUCUCCUGAGGAGGAAGGUGUCCCAAAGGAUGAGGGGGGAGAACCAGACGAAUACGAUGAGCUCUUUGAUGCAGAAGAUGAUGCAUCCUACACUGAGGAGGUCAGCGCUGAGGAUAGCAUCAUUGGUGAGCAGAAGGAGAACCUGGCUGCACUGUUUGGAGACGUGGAUGACCUGCUGGAAGAAGAGGAGGCAGAAGAAACUGUUUCCACUUCAGCUCCCAGUCAGGAAAAAGAGAAGACCAAUGAAGAAUUGCAAGCUGAGCUGAGAAAAUUGCAAGAACAGAUGAAGAUGUUACAGGAGCAGUUGCAGAAGACAGCUAUUGGGCAGCAAUCCAGUUCAGGCCCUGAGAAGAAAACCCCUGGUAAAUCUCCCUGUCCACCCUUGAAGGAAAGGAAAGUUCAGAAGCUGCAAGAGUCACCGUGUUUCUCAGCUCAGCUGGGCAAUCCCUUACUGACAGCCAAGCAAGGAAUCCAGAAAUCAAAAGCCUCCUCAGCAGAGACCAAGACUCCUCCUCCGCGACAAGUCCUCAGUCUGGCAUUCCAGCCUCUCAAGUCUGCCCCGGGGAACACACCCAAUAAGGUGACCAGAGAGAAGACUCAUCAGACGCCUACGUGCUCCAGUACAACAUCUCAGCCGGUGUCUGUGGAAACCUUCUCGGGACUGAGAUUAAGAAAACCCCGGGUUUCAUCAGCUGAAAUGGACAGAAAAAUGGCUAACCGAAAGCUGAUCCGACUGUCCCAGCUGAAAAGCAAACUUGCUACAGAAAACUUGGAGGAAACAGACUGGGUGACAUUUGGAGUUAUAAUAAAGAAGGUCACUCCUCAGAGCGCAAAUAAUGGCAGAACCUUCAGUAUCUGGCGGCUGAACGACCUGCGGGAUCUCAAUCAAUCCGUCUCACUCUUCUUGUUUGGUGACGUCCAUAAGGAGCACUGGAAGACAGACCAAGGCACAGUCAUUGGGCUGCUCAACGCUAAUCCUAUGAAACCUAAAGAAGGCUCGGACGAGGUGUGUCUGUCUGUUGACCAUCCCCAGAAGAUCCUGCUCAUGGGUGAAGCUCUGGACCUGGGUACCUGCAAAGCCAGGAAGAAGAAUGGUGGUUCCUGCACACAGAUAGUGAACCUGAAUGACUGUGAGUAUUGUCAGUACCACGUACAAUCCCAGUACAAGAAGCUCAGCUCGAAGCGGGCAGAUCUGCAGUCUACCUUCUCUGGGGGCCGCAUUCCCAAAAAAGUUGCUCGGAAAAAUCCCGGUUUGAAGGAGAGGCUGUGCCAGGAUGGAUUUUACUAUGGAGGAGUCUCUUCAACAGCAUACGCAGCCUCAGUUGCAGCAGCUGCAGCGCCGAAAAGGAAGGUUCAAACCACUCUCUCCAAUCUGGUCGUGAGAGGAGUUGAUGCAAUUGUCCAGGAAACCAAGCAGAAAAUUGGUGCAGCAAAGAGGCCCAUGCCAUGCUCUGAGGAGUUCAAAGAACUGCUGGCACAGCCAACCUUUGGAGCACGAAACCUCUGCAAGCACUGGACCAAAGCAGAUGCUGAAAAUAAGCAAGGGGGCAAUUUCCAGUCUCUCUCUGCAUCAGCACUGCUCAAGCAACAGAAACAGAAAUUGCUGGAGGCCAGAAAAAAGCGAUCUGAGGAGAUUCAGAGGAGGUUUCUCCAGAACACAAGUAAAGCUGACAGCCCGGCUCUCCCAUCCUCCUCCGGGCAGUCCUCACACCUUUCCCCAACACCUGGGGCAGAGUUUCCCAAAGCUGCAAAAAUGUCAACUCCUCAAAGGCCGAGGCUCGGCACAGGCUUCUCAGAAGGAGAAGAUAUCCUCUUCUUUGAUGGGCCUCCACCUCCAACACCAAAACUAGGCAGCUUGGCAGAAGCCAAAAAGCUGGCUGCAAUACACCGACUACGAGCAAAAGGCCAGGUUCUUGCUAAAACUGAUCCAAACAGUGUCAAGCGGAAGAGAGCUGAUCUUGAUGAUGUCCUAGAAAUUGUUGAAAGAGUUGAGAAAAACGUUGCUCAGUCACAGAACACAGACACAAAGAAUGAUGUGGAUGAACUGGAGCCUGCCCAGAAGAAGCGACGUGAGCAGCUGGCCUAUCUGCAGUCAGAAGAGUUCCAGAAAAUCCUGAAUGCCAAGUCAAAGCACACGGGUGUCUUGAAAGAGGCUGAGGCUGAGCUGCAGGAACAAUACUUUCAGCCCCUGGUGAAAAAGGAAGAAAUGGAAGAGAAGAUGAGGAACAUUAAAGAAGUGAAAUGUCGGGUUGUGACAUGCAAAACAUGUAAUUACACCUAUUUCAAGCCUCUGGAGACGUGCGUGCAGGAUAGCCACGACUACCACUGGCAUGAUGGCAUCAAGCGAUUUUUCAAAUGUCCUUGUGGCAACCGAGCCAUUUCCCUUGACAGGCUCCCCAAAAAACCCUGCAGCACCUGCGGCCUCUUCAAGUGGGAGCGAGAUGGGAUGUUAAAGGAGAAAAAAGGUCCGAAGAUUGGUGGAGAAACACUUUUACCGAGAGGGGAAGAGCAACCAAAAUUCCUCAAUAGUCUUAAGUGACCUGGAGUUGGUGUUUUCAUAACAUAAGGAUGAAUUUCUAUGUCUAACCCGCACAUUACUGGAAUGCCAGGAGGAGUCUGGCUUGAUGAAUCUACAAGGAAAUCAAUUCCUCGUGAGAAGGACAUCCACAAAGUCUCCUCUUGACCGCUGCAUGGGCAUUCAGCGUUGAUCUUUUUAAAACUGCCUGACAAAGGCUGCGUAUGAAAUACCCGUUCAUGUCUGUACUUUCUUAGUAACGGGUGGUUUACAAGAUUUAGCCUAGAAAAGAGACAGGUACUGUGGAGUUUGUACCAAGAAAUCCCUAGGGACCCCACAAUUUAUGUUAAAUGACCAGUGUAGGAUGACCCCACCAGAAUUUUAAGGGACAAAUCAUCAUGAAGUGGGAGAACUGUUGAUUCUGUAUGCACUUGUGAAGUUAAUAUUGUGGUGCUUAAUGUCAGCCUCGUGCCUUUUCAGUUGUUGGCUGAAAAGGGGUCUGAGAGGCUUGUAACCACACAGCAAUCUUCAUUGGCUCCAAAAUUAUUCGCUUGGAACCCUUAAGAACAGAUUUCAAGUGGUUCCUGAGUCGUCUCCUUGGCUUAUGACUUCAGAAAACUUCUGUGCCCCCCAGGUGUCUGCAGCGCAGGCUAACCAGAGCUCUUAACAAAAGCCUUUCCCUUUUCCCACAGCCCGUGCUGGAUUCCCAGCACCACCCGCACUACAACACUUCUACAGCUGCGAACCUGCUGCUCCCACCUUGGAAAAGGCAUUUUAAUGAGUCUGGCACUCUUGUGAGUGUUCUUAAAGAGCUGAGUGAUUCUGUUGCACAGCUUUUCCCCUUUUUCUGGCAUUUUAAAUCUUCCUGAAAACCUUCCCGUUCAUUGUCUUGUGGACCUUGGAUGCUGGCACAGCUGCCUGGGGGACAGGAGAUGUCUCAGACCAAGCAGGAGUGAUCCCAGUAGGAUCACAGGGGGGUUUUAAGUACCUAAAACCACCGGCAUCUCUGUGUUUUGGUGAAACCGCCACAUUUUUAUGUCGCAGUGGCCUCAUCGAUGGCUCUUGUUUGCUUGCACAGGGGCUGGAAGGAAGAUGUUGCUUCAUUUGAAGCAUCUGGGCAGGUUCACCUGCGUACUGUAGCCCUCUUCUCCAGGUGGUGCUUCUGCUGGGCAGCUUUGCUUGGCACGUUACCUUCAUUUCAGUCUCGUUUUGGUACUUUUGGGGCAGGAGGUGCCACUGGUUGGUGACUCUAAAUACGGAGCUGUGACAUUGCUUGGAAAUGCCCCUUGUUGCCUGAUCCAGAAUAAACGCUGCGUAAUCGAG